AUUUUCGCGCCUUUUAUUUUCCUCCGCGCCUAAGCACGUUGCGCGUAUCAGCACCCUCGAUUCCGUCUGCGUGCUCUACUCACCUGCUCAACACCAGCUGCCAUGUAUUUGCUGCAGCAUUUGCCAGCUUCGCUUACCUGCUGUCCGCCCGCUCCUUCCGCUCCCCUCCUUCCCUCUCUCCGCUCUCUCGCUUCCUCCGCAUUCCACCUCGCCAUUUCCCGUCGCCUCGGCUAUUCCUCAGUCGUAUCCCGCAAUGCACGCCGCAAUACACUCUUCCCGUGUAGCCGUAGAAUCGCGCGGCUCGUUGGCGCGAGGGCGAGUGGGGAGCUUCGAGGCGACGUGGAUGCGAUAAUAGCGAGGGGGCGGGAGGCGGGCGCGUUUGUGGAGCACUGCACGUGUGUGGUGGCCGGUGCGGCUGACGGCCCGUUACACCGGCUGACGUUCGGCGUCAAGGACAUGUACGACGUGGCGGGCUUCCCAACGGGUUUCGGCAAUCCCACGUGGCUGGGCACGCAUGGCAUCCCCGAUACCACCGCGCCUGUCGUGCAGGCGCUGCUGGCAGCGGGCGCCACGCUGGUGGGCAAGACCGCCAUGGACGAGCUGGCCUUCUCCCUGGCGGGCGAGAACGCGCACUACGGCACACCCACCAACCCCACCGCGCCCGACCGCAUCCCUGGUGGCUCCUCCUCGGGCUCCGCCGCUGCUGUGGCAGCAGGUCUGGUUGAUUUCGCCCUGGGCAGCGACACAGCUGGCUCGGUGCGCAUCCCAGCCAACCACUGCGGCAUCUUCGGCAUCCGCACCACACAUGGCCGCCUCCCAUUGGCCGGCGCUCAACCCCUGCAGCCGUCCAUGGAUGCGGUGGGCUGGUUUGCCCGAGAAGCCACUGUCCUUCAACGAGUGGGCUCCAUGCUCUUCCACUCCCUCUCCUUAGCCUCCUCCUCCUCCGCCCCCUCCUCUUCUUCCUCCUCCUCCUCCUCCUCCUGCUCCUCCUCCUCCUCCUCCUCCUUCUCCUCUCUUCAACCCUUCACGGGUUGGCUAGUAGCAAAGGACGCAUUUGAGCUAGCAGACGAAGAUGCCGCCCGCGCAAUCUACGACAAGAUCUCGCCACAUACUGACGCAAUCGCAGCGGCGCUGGGUGGGCGGCCGGAGGAGGUUGCAGUUGCGGGGGAGGUGGGCAGCGAGCUGGGCGGUGUGCACGAGUGGGUGGAGGCCAUGCGUGUGCUGCAGCUCAUAGAGGCCUGGCAGUGCCACGGCCAGUGGAUCACCUCUCACCGCCCCGCCUUUGGCCCGGGCGUGGCGCAGCGCUUCCAAGCCGCCUCCCAGGUGGACCCUGCAGGGGACGAGGUGGCAUGCGCGCAGAGGAAGAGAGCGAGAUUCACCUCGCACGUGCAGAGUCUCGUUUCGGGUGGCAAGCUGCUCAUGCUGCCGGCCGCUCCUAGCAUAGCGCCGCUGAAGUCCGCCCCGCCUGCUGACGUGGACUCCUUCCGGGUCCGCACCCUGGCGCUCACUGUCAUUGGAGGCGCUGCCGGCCUGCCUCAGAUCACCCUGCCUCUCACCACGCUGCACGGCUGCCCCUUGGGGCUGGGCAUAGUGGCGGGCAGGGGGCGCGACGAGGACCUGCUGGCAGCGGCCGUUACACUGGCAGCGAUACUGGGCCUCUGAGGCACGCUUUUGAGUUGACUCAAAAGGCGAUACUGGGGCUCUGAGGCGCGCUUUGAGUCAACUCAAAAGCGGCGAUACUGGGGCUCUGAGGCGUGCUGCUGCUGUUCUCCGGAGGUGGGGCUGCUGCUAUGCUACGGGUGUAAGGUUGGCAUUUGUGCUCCAUUUGAAUAGCGCGUACAGGGCAUACGUGGGCAUAGAAUCAGUCAACUACGAAUGUAUAUACACAUUGUUGGAAAUACCUCAAAGGACUUGAGCGUUUCUGAAGUGUAACACUGUACUCGAGGAAGAUUACAGGGGAGCACGCGGAGGUUACACAAGGGGGCGGACAAAGAAUGCGAAAAGACUCGAAAGGUCGCAACUGGAGGUUGCGACUGACCGUUACAACAUCACGGAUGGUAAUCGAAGCGGCAAUCGAAUCGCUGUGCGACUCGAUAAACCGUUCCUGUAACU